AUGCACAGCGACGAGGACGGGCCGCUGAUCUCAUCAGAGGUCCUCGAACCAUCCGACAAAGUGCUGAUCCCUGACCUAAAUGGCCCUCUGUUAAAGAAGGACGGACUCGGUUGUGGACACAGCCAACACGCCACGGACGCCCCCGAAGCUGGCGGUUGCCAUUGCCCUCAACAGCUGGGCGCGCUGGGUCAUACCCAGACGGUGAAUCCGAAUUCGCAGGCAGCACAAAACCCUGGACUCGAUGAACCCGGUCUAGGCAGUCCCGGCCUGCUUGGCGAGACCAUCAUACCACUUCCAGGCCUGGUCGCCCCGCACACUCAGGGCGAGCUCCAACUCCCCGCGCCGCCAAUUCCUAUAAAGGCUGCUACCCCAGAAGCGUCACGCGCGCCCACCGGUGGCGAUCACCUCGCUCCUGAGCUUUCUCUCGACACAACUCCAUCCACCAUGAUCUUUUCAGAUCUGUAUAGGUCGCCGAGGACGACCCUCACCAAAUUCCGCAAUUCUUUUCCCCAGGGCGACCCACCACCCCCAGAUCCUUACGCCGACCUUGUUAGUAAAGACAAGACCAGGAAUAGGGAAGCCGUAAAGAAGUACCUUGGCGAAAAGAUUCGAAACGACUGGCAAUUCACAUGGCCGUCCGUGGUGGCUUCGGAACCGACUCCGACAGAAACCCCAGCCACCGUGCAAGGGGAGGGCAACCGGGCAACUGGUGACGUCGUACAAUACGCCACCCCGCCGUUAGCGGCAACCGAUGAUGAAGUCCCAAGGGAUCCAGGGGAAGAGGCCGACUCCGAGUCAGACGCAGCGUCCGUGUACAGCACCAUCUCGGAAGAUCCUAUGCACUUCCGGCCACGGGCAGAAUGGACGUCGGAUCUAUCAGACGACGAUGGGCCGGUUCAAAGUUCAGCCUCCCCCUUUCGCUUUGACAGUCCGGAGGCCGUUGGAGCGGCUGUCCACAAUUCCAUCGAAAAUAAGCGCGCAUGCCGGAGAAGAGCUGUGCGGGAUGAGAUAAAAUGGAACCCUGGGCUGGCAUGCUUCGAAGCUCGCCGCAACGCCUGGACGGGCGCAAAAACGGUACGGUUGAAGCCAAAGCCAGCAAGUCCCGCCUCACCUUCCUCCGCUCGUCGCCUCUUUUGGAGGCACCAGAAGACACAGUCGUCGGUCUCCCAAACCGCCGUCAUCACCUCCAGCUCGCCGUCCGGGCCAACUUCGCCCAUUUCCCCAACCACGACUCGCACAUCCACAACGACUGCCUCCGAUUCAGACUCCGCGGGCGCACACAGGACAGUCUCGCAAGACUCUAGCGCCCCUGCUAUUCUUCAUCCAGUCCACACCAUCAGCCAACAACCCUCCUGUCCCGUCAAUCUCGCUGACAUGUUGCGCGCCUGUGUUGUCGGCUGGAAACGCGACGGCGAAUGGCCCCCGAAAGCCAUAUACACAGUCCCGGCCCCCGUCCCAGCACCGAACGCCGAGGUCAUUGCCAUGCGCCAAUGGAAGGCUCAGAAGCAGCGGAACAAGAACGCAGCGGCGGGUUCCGGGUCGGGAAGGAGGCUGAGCCUCGUCGGGCUAUUUAGUGGCUCGGGCGGUGCCGCAACCAAGACGGCUAGCACGGCGGCGACGGCGGCGGCGACGGCGGCGGCGACGCAGGAGGUCAAGGAAAUUGGGCUGGGCCACUCGCAGUCCCAUUCCCAUUCCGACGAGGGCGCUGGAUCCUCGGGGAAGGCGCUGUUUAGAAGAAGCCUGCAAAAGGUCUUGUCGCUCGGGCAACACGGUCACGCACAUGGUGCUGCCAACGGUGGCGGGGGCGGGCCGAUCUCGCCGACUACUCCUGCUACGAAGGAGGUUGCCGCGGCAGUUUGA